GAAGAACUUAUCCCUCAGUGAACUGACCCGACUUGAGCUGGAUUCGUUGGGAUCCAUUGGCUUCCGAAUACCAACGUCACAUAUACCAAUAUAUAUAUAUAUAUAUUAUUCCACUCUACUAACAUUAUUCUUCUUCUAAAUAUUUUGCAAAACUAACUAAUUUCCCUCCUUUAAAUGCCCCACGGAGACCCCCUGAAAUCCCAAAGGAAAAGGACCCUUAAUUCUCUCUCUAACCCUGUCUAUCUCUUUGACUUCGUCUCUUGAUUCGGCAAGAUAAGGCUUGCUUGGCACUGGGAAUGGGCUGCAAGGCGACUGAGAAGGCAACCAAGCUGAAGACGAAGCACAGGAAGGGGCUGUGGUCGCCGGAAGAAGACCGGAGGCUCAGAGACUACAUCCUUAAGUACGGCCAUGGCUGUUGGAGCUCCAUCCCUAUUAAUGCUGGCUUGCAGAGGAAUGGCAAGAGCUGCAGAUUAAGGUGGACUAAUUACUUGAGGCCCGGGCUGAAGAGAGGAAUGCUUACGGUGCAUGAAGAGGAGACAAUUCUCAUUCUCCAUCGCUUUUUAGGCAACAAGUGGUCCCAGAUAGCGCAGCAUCUUCCUGGGAGAACCGACAACGAGAUAAAGAACUACUGGCACUCUCAUCUCAAGAAGAAGGUGGCAAAACCAGAGCUAACGGAGCCCCAUACAGGAAGUAGUGAAUGCAAAUCAGUAGAUGCUACGGAUUCUCCGUCCCUUCAAGAACCAAAGGACGACUCUUCCAUCAGUCCCCCAAAAUCACAGGCUGAUAUAAGCUCCCUACCGCCGAGCAUUCUCUUUGCAGAGUGGCUGACCCUCGAUAAUAAUACUUACAAUGAAAGUGCUCAUGAAGCUGGGAGCUUCUCAGAUUACUAUCCUUACUUAUAUGAGGAUAGUGAUCUAGUGAGAACGGUCGUCUGUCUGGACUCCACGGACUGUAAGGCAAACUUGUUGGGGGAUUCUUUUUUGCAGAAUGGCAAUGCCGAUAAUGGAGCAGCUUUCAUGAGUGAUGAGCUGAUGAUAGAUUGUACUUAUUAUAGGAUGGAAGAUCCGAGUUCAGAGGGCAAGUGGGUUCCUACCGGGGGAUUAUAUUUACCGCAGUAAUGAGUUUACCAUGGACAGUGACUUGAUUUACAUAUGAUAUACUUGCAGAGAAUAAUUCGUCUCUUAAUACACCGUUCAAUAAGCCAUCAAUUUGGCUUGUUUGGCUGUGGAGUAGGAUUUAACUUCAC